AUGACCAAUUUAGCACCGACAUUCAACCAGCUGCUGGUCUCUCGAAAUGCUGCGCCGAUUCCUACUCAGCCCCGACCGACGAGUGUCGAGACCGCUGAUGAGUUCCUGAAGGAGGCGUACCGAAUUAACUCCCACAUUCACUCUCUUUUGCAGUACCUCCAGUCCAUUCGUCAUGCCUACCUCUCCACAACAGCACCCUCACAACGCCGAGGCGGGAGCUCCACCAAGAAUAACACACCCUCUUCAGCCCAGUCCCAUCUCACAGACGCAGAGCGCGAUUCUGUAGACUCUUCAACAGCACUUCUUCUUCGGGAUCUCUCAGCCUCGAUUUCAAAUCUUUCAUCUGCCGAGUCCCUCCGUCAAGACACCGAGGCCGCAAUCCUUCGCAAACGAUAUGGCCACAGUAUCGCAGGUGCUCUUCUGUUUCGCUGGGCUGGCGGUUCAGGUGCUUUAUCUGAAGGCGACACCAAUAAUACUGGGAAAUCGGAAGAGCAAAUAAGCGCAGAAGAGACCUCGCGCACAAUUCGUACCGUCCGCGAGGCAAUACUAUGGUUCUUGAGGCGUGGCCUCGAGGGCGCAGCUAGUGCGCAACGAUCGAUGGUUGAGAAAAGAAUUGAGCGUAUACGCGAAAAAGAGAAGAGUGUUUUAUAUAAGGCUGCCGGCACCGCGGGCUCUGCUGCCCAAGGAAGCGGGAGUGUGCCUACAGAGCAUCGUGCCCCUAGCGGGCAUCCCCAGUGGACAUCGCCAGAUUUAUCAACGCCCGAUGCGGCAGUUCUGAGUGAGGCCGACUCGGCGCAAAUCGAAUCGCAGCUCUCGGCCGAGCAAUUGCAGCUAUUUGCUGAAGAGAACGAUACCAUGCUACGCCAUUACGAGGAUACUUUAGGCAAAGUCCAAAAUGCGGAAAAGUCUUUGUUGGAAAUCUCCUCGCUGCAAGAGACUCUGGUCUCUCAUCUCUCUACCCAAGAGGAGUAUAUCUCGCAACUGGUCAGCGAUGCUGAAAUGACCCAGACGAACGUCAGCCGUGGAAAUAAGGAGCUCAAGAGGGCGACAGAGCGACGAAGCACAGCACAAGCAGUGUUUUGGGGUACUGUCGGCCUAUGUACGUGGCUGGUGGUCUGGGAUUUGAUAUUUUGA